UCCGAAACUACUGCACGGCUCGGUGCAGCCGAAGUCGAUUGUUUCACUAGGCCCUUCUCAUGGAGUGGACCUAGUGUCCUUGCGUGACCGAGGGGUGGGCCUAUGAGUCUGCAGCUGCAGGUGUCUCCACACGUUGCCGUGCUGGGGUCGCUCUUCCUCUCCUUUGUCUUCGUCGCGUCCCUGCAUAUUUGGAAGCUGGCGGGCUACAAGGAUUUGAAUCGAGAUGAAGCAGGAACAAUUCAGCGUAGAUUUCUUUCCGCUAUCCUGUCCUGUUUGUGCUCGGUCAUGCUGAUCCGCGCCUUGUCAAGCACAGUGCCAGAGGGCAUGCCUGGUUUGUCUCUUGCAGAGCUUCUUGGGCUUAGGUGUGCUUUCGUAACCACGGCCAGUGUGAACUGUGUGCUCUUGACCGCGUCUCUUUUCUUGGGACCUCUUGUGCAACAUUGGUUUACUGUGAGCCAAGGAGAAUCCAAGUUCCUCUUCUCAGUGGAAGCAGGCUUUUGGGUCCUCACUCGAAACUUGAUCCUGGCACCCAUCACCGAGGAGCUCGUCUUCCGAGCCUGCUUGGUGCGCUUGUGGGUCUCGGCCUCCUUUCCCUUGAGAACCAUCAUCUUCUGCAGCCCUUUUUGCUUCGCCUUAGCCCACACACAUCACUUCAUUGAGCAUGUGAGGAGGACGAAGAGCAAGAAGACUGCGCUGCUGCAGGUUCUCUUCCAGGUCUUCUACACAUCCUUGUUUGGGAUUUAUUCCAAUUUCCUGCUGAUCAGGACUGGCUCGCUGAUAGCUGUGAUUCUGGCCCACACUUUCUGCAACCACCAGGGCUUUCCCGACAUCACCUUCCUCAUCUCUAGCACCGAAUGGUUGCACGAGCAUCGGAAGUGGCUGGGCGGAGUGUACGUUUGCGGGAUACUAGCUUUUGCCUGUCUUGCUGGGCCACUGACAGCUGGCUUUCCAUCCACUUUCGUGAGCAAGUGAAAUUUCUGCACGAAAGAGAGCUUCGGAGAAGCAGAAAAAGUCAGAGAGCUAAAUCG